UGGUAAUUGUGGUUCUUGAGCAGCACAAGAAUUAUUAAUUUGUUUACUAGUUUUAAUAAUGGAAUCCGAUGAUUCUAAUGCAACAAGUGCAGGUGCUUCUACGGCCAGUGGAGUUAGCACCGAUGAAUUGAGAAUAACAAGAAGCAGUUCGAUGUGCUUGGCGAAGAAAUCAACGGGGGCAGGUCUGCAGGAAUCUUUUGUGUCUGGAAAACCGGCCAUUACCAGGAGGCAAAUUGCAAUUGCUAACAAGGAGAAGAUCAAGUUUCUGGGAAACUUUAAUCCGGAAACAAGCGAGAGGGAGAAGAGGAAGCUAAUGAAAAAAAUCCAGACUCGUAAAGGUAACGGUGCUUUGUACAACAACAAGGGGAUUCACAACGCAACCGGAAGAGAUCUCUGCGAUUGCUUGGAGCCCGAAUGUCCGGGUUGCUUCUAUCCGUGCAAGAAAUGCGGUUCGACCAAAUGCGGUGUCGACUGCAGAUGUAUGCGCAAAUUUAAAUACGAUUCAAUCGAGUAUCACGGUUACAGCUUCACAAAGAAAAAUCCUCUGAAUGAAGAGCCCUAAACUUUUUCCUUAAGUUACCCAACCUGUUUCUUGUUCUGCUAGGUUAGUUUUUGUUAUUGUAUGUGAAUGGUGUAUAGACUUGACAAAU